AUGCAGGAAAUCGACUUUAACCCUGGAUGGGCAUUCUGGCUCAUUAUAGUCCCGAUCAUUGUUCUCAUUGAAAUUGUUUUUUUUGUCGGCGUUACCGUACCAUUCAUCAAUGUGCUGACACGUCUACGAGCAAAUUACCUGCCUCGAGCCGUCUCGCUCGACCAUGUCAUGGAGGCUGGUCGCGAGGAAGAGCCGAGGCAAAAGUCUUGGAUCAAAAGCAUCUUUGCAUGGCGCUAUUAUGAAAACCCUAAGAUUGGUCCGAACGUGCGCACGUUCCUCCCUAUGGCAAAAAGAGUAUACCAAAUUGAGGGUGUGCGUGGACUGUACAAGGGCACAUUUUUGAGCAUUUUGCAGCUUCUUGUGAUGUUUGUACUGAUAUUUUUGUUUCUCGAGCCGUCAAAAGCUGAUCCUAGCGAGUUCAAGAUCGUCUCAGUUGAUCGCCCACUUAGCAGCCUAUGCAAACUCACGAUCUCUGUGCUUGUUCUCUUGCCAACUGAAGUGUUAAUCCGUCGUACAAUGGUGCAUCAUUCGAUGGUGUCUUGGCGGAACCCGCGCAUCGCUUUGAGGCAAGUUCUCUCUCCCACAGAGCUGCUGCAGCCCUGGCGUCUUUAUACAGUGCCAGGCCUUCUGCCUCUUCAGCUUUUUCGUCAAUUCACAGCAUCAUACGUAACACACUUUGUUCGAUAUUGGACGCUUCCUGUUAUGGAGGUGUCUGUGCCCUUAACUGGUGCCAAGCCAAAUCAAGACGAGUUCCACGCACCUACGUCUGACACAUACCGGAUCACAUUCUUUGGCUCGAUUUUCUUCUUGGCGUGGUCUUUAGGUGCAGCUCUAGUUCUUGUGCCAAUCGACUGUAUUCUUGUACGCUUGAUGACGCAGUAUGAUCGCACAUCGACGCUAGAUAUUCCAUCUCACCAGGGCCAAGCUGCAUAUGAACAAGACCUCGAGGACGAAAUAAUCACCACGGCAAAUGAACCAGUUACAUCUUUGCGUCCAUGCUAUGGCCACGAUCAGCCUACUUCGACCGAAUUCGGUGCGUCUCAAGUUGAGCCAUACAAAAGUGCGUCCGACUGCUUCUACAAGAUGUACGAGGAAGAGGGCAGCGAAAGUCUCAUGCGUGGCGCGUUCUACACCAUAUCUGGUUACAUGCUCCUUGCAUUCUCAUGA